AUGCCACCAGAGAAGGCUAAGCAUCUGAGUGGUGGGAGGGACAAGAGGCACUCUCUGCGUGGGUAUGGCAAUCAGUUUCGACCAGUCGCGCAGGCAGAAACUUAUGUACCUCGUCAAGUUUUAGCGAUAGUGAUCUUAACGACGACGAUAUCGGUGAUGUACAGUACAGAAGUCGCUACAGUAGUAACUACUUGGAAGAGACAGAGAGAGACAGAGAGACAGCGAGAGACAGAGACGGAGAGAGACAGAAGAGAGAGACAGAAGAGAGAGACAGAGAGAGACAGAAGAGAGAGACAGAGAGAGUCAGAAGAGAGAGACAGAGAGAGACACAGAGAGACAGAUAGAGAUAGAGAGAGACAGAGAGAGACAGAGAGAGAGACUGAGACUGAGACUCUGAGACUCUGA